AUGUUAAUUGCCAAAUUAAUUGAAAGAAUCUUAUCUAUAAAGAAAUAAUGCUUAAGUGAUGAAACUUAUUUUUUUAUAAAAGGAGAAUAUGAAUUCAUAUCAUUGUUUAAAUAGUUGAAUGAAUAGAUAGAUUAAGUAAUCAAAUAAAUAUACAAUGAUAUGCUUUAAUAAAUAAAAUAAGAUAAUUUGAAGUACAAUUAAAUUUUAGAAUUAGCUGAAUACAUAAAUGAAUUAAAUUUAACUUAGAAUAGUACUUAAGAUAUUGUUAAUAAUCUUUAGCAAUCUAUAAUGAUAAGUUUUAAUGCUUAUUUUAAUAAAACUUUGAAAUAGAGGGAUAAUGAAGCUUACUAAGUUGAGAUGAUUAGAGGUAAUUUUAUUAUUGAAUUUCUUUAAUAAUGUUCAUUACCUUAAAAGGAAUUGUAAUUAUAGAAUUGCAAACACAAUAUUGCACUAUAUUCUUAACUAAACCAUGAUUUUUAAGCUGAUUCGAAAAAUUAAAGCAUUUUAAUUUCAAUUUCUUCUUUCAAUUUUUAUAUAUUUGGAUUUAAAUUAAGAUCUCUACAUAAAUUUAAAAACUAUUUAACUUAUUUGCUAAAUUUACCACUUACAAAAUUUUCUAAAGCUUAAAGAAUAAAUCAGGAUAUAGAAUCAACUAAAAAUAUGAUUUAAAUUAUAGCAAAUUUAUUUGGAGAUUCUCUAAAGAUAGAUAAUUAUUAAUGA